UCUUUCCAUUGAAAGCUGACAAUUCACUUUUGCGACACAAGACGAGUCCUGUCCUCCCCUCUACCUCGCUUCUCGCCCUUUCCCCUUUCCCAACCUCAUAGGAUGAGCAUCCGAUGUUGACCACUUGAUUUCGAUGCACCGUUGUUCAUCAUGGCGUCCCAAUUUAUUGGCUACAAUGUUCUCGUGACCCUGAAAGCACCGCCGGAUGCAACCGUCCAGGGAGAAGUGGCCGAUGUCAUAGGCCAGCGCUUGAUGCUGCGAAAUGUGAAACUGUCGUGGAAUCACCAAGUGCUCCCUAGCUAUUUUAUCGAUGCGACCGACAUCGCGGACCUUUCUCUCGGAUCUGCCGUCAAGGGUCAAUCGCAAAAUCUGCCUGCAGCCAAAGGAGACCGAAGCACAACCCAGGCUGCACCCGCGACGCAACAGCAGUUCGUUGACCCCGCUAUCCUGAGCUUCUCCAAACCUCCCUCCAAACCAAUUAGUCGCACUCUUGAACCGGAGAAUCGACCGCUUCAGCCCAGCUUGCCGAACGAACCAACCGUGCAGCAGCCUCGUCCACCUCAAGUCGCACACGCUCAACCAGCUGCGGUAUUGACGGAACCAUUCAGCAGCUUGGAGUUAAAUGUGGACGGCAAGACCGGCAGUGGAGGCAUACCACAGGUGGAGGAGCGUCGCGAAUCUGUCUAUGGUUCGAGAGACGAAUUGACACCGCUGCAAACACCGAGUCAAUAUGCGGCAAAGCGCAGUCGACGAACCGGGCAGAAGAAGACUCGACAGGGAGGAUAUCCGAACGCGGUCAAUGAGCACGAUGGGGCCUCGAACACGAACCCGAAGACUCGAGGCUGGCGUCAAACUGCCUUCGUUGAACCAUCUGACCCGCACCUGAUUAACUCUCCACAACCGCACGCAGAGAAAGAGGGAACUCUCAAUGGACGGCGUCGCAAGAAGAAGAACCGCGGCUCCUACGUCGAAGACCCCAGCGGAUGGGCGACAGAAGAUGCCACUGACAUCCAAGAAUUGGGGGAGUUCGAUUUCCAGAGCAACCUUUCGAAGUUCGAUAAGCGGAGGGUGUUUGAAGAAAUUAGGAACGAUGACACAACGGCAGACGAAGCUCGAUUGGUCAGCUUCAAUAGAAGGGUCCCAAAGCCAGGCACCAAUGGUGGCAAGAACCUGCACUGGACGGAGAACGUCCUGGACAGCCCUCAAGAAAGUGAAAACGAAGCAAGUGAACACGAGCCUAGUGAUGCAAAACUGAGCAGUGGAACCUACUCGGGACGUGAGUUGUCAAAGGCACGAGGACAAACUUCUCGAAAGGGCAGUGCUUUGCUGGGUCAGCCGCUCGUUCCGCCACAACUCAAUACUAUCGGACGUGGUCAACUCAGUUCUUCUCGCACUACAAGUCCACGCCCGAAUAAAACCCCCGUUUCAGCAUCUCCGAUAGGCGGGCCUGGUGCUUCAGGUGUUUCCUUGCGUCUUACUACAACCAACAGAAGUUGCCCGACUGUGAGCCCUUUACAGACCCUUGAGGUCGAGCAAAUUGCCGUUACGGAACUCGGUUUAACCGAAGAUAUGAUCACGGAAAAUGCUGGAAGAGGCAUCGCAGAAGCUGCUGUUGGCCUCCUUACGAAUGACGCAGCUGCGCCUACGAUCUUGGUUCUCACGGGCAAUCAUCGCACUGGGGCAAGAGCAAUUUCUGCCGCUCGCCAUCUCCGCAACAGAGGCCACCGUGUAACUGCAUGCAUGCUUGGAAUUGAGCAUGAAAAUGAGCUGUUGGAGAGCUGUCGUAAACAGCUCGACGUCUUCAAGAAGAUCGGUGGGCGAGUGCUGAGAUGGGAAGACUUGUCGGCUCGACUGUCAACCUCGGAUUUCAGCCCGGACUUGGUAGUGGAUGCCUUGUUUGGCGUUCACAUAGCCUUUGACGACCUGCGUACCGACGAUCAGGCCACUGCUUUCGAAAUGAUUUCCUGGACCAAUCGAAGCAAUCUCGAGGUUCUUUCUGUCGAUGUGCCUUCGGGGCUAUCGGCUUCUAGUGGUAAGAACCCGCAAAACAAUGGUGAUAAACCAACUUUUAUCCUUCUUUUUGCUAACGGAAUUCUUGAUAGGUGAGGUAACUAUCGUGGAAGGGGGUCGACUAUGCGUCAAUUCCAAAUCUGUUGUCUGCCUUGGAGCACCCAAGACCGGCGUGGUGCAAGCUUUGGUUUUGGGCGAAGGACUCUCCUGGAACCUUUCAGUGGCAGAUAUAGGUGUACCGCAGAUUGUAUGGAGAAAAUACGGUACUCGCCGGCGACAUGGAAUCGACUUUGGGAACCGCUGGGUGGUCCCUCUGCGUUUCCAGGCAUCCACUGCUUGAGAUCACCUCAUAGCCACCUGACGACUGAAUGACUUGAAUAAAAGGGAACGAAGGAAAACGCCCAUCAUGGUCGAUACGGCCUAUGGCUUGCAUUGGAGGGGAUAGAGCUGGAGGCACUCUUGCUGCUGCUCUUAAUUCUGGAAUGGCAUUAGCUACGGGGGGAAUAGGACUUCUGAAAAUGGAGCACGCUGUACAGUAUGUAGUUAUAUCUUAUGCUUAUUGAUGUAGCCUGUUUCAGCCACUGGACAGUUUCAGGUCAUUGACUCCUACCAGUGGGCUCUUUUCCAAGUAUUUGUAUCUGAGGUGUACGUACUAGGUAUACAUUGGGUGUAAACUGAUAACGUAGAUACUGUAAUGUUACAAA